AUGGAUAAUUUACAAGAAGACAAUCCUUUGCAAACACAAAGUGAAAUAAUUGCUACAAGGGUUGCUAUAAAACUAAAAAAUAACGUUGGUCGACCGAAGAAAAAAACUGAGAUCAAAUUUAGUCCUCAACCAAAAUCUAUUAUAUCAGAAUUUUUAUGUAAUGAGCGAAAAAAUUUACUCGAGAACCCAUCUUACGAUAUAUCUAGCAAAACUUCUCUAGAACAGAAAACUAAAAGAACUUGUGAAGAUUGCUCAGAUGGAAAUUUUUAUAGCACAUCUGAUUAUAAUGAACAUAUUUUAAUGCAUACAAAUAAGGUUUACAAAUGCGAUUAUGAAAACUGCACAUAUGUUACAAAAUUUUCAUCAAAUCUUACUACACAUAAAAGAAUUCACACAUCAGAGAGGCCAUAUGCAUGUGACGAAUGUACUUUUAGAACAAAUUUCAUUAAUUCUUUAAAAUCUCAUAAAAGACUUCACCGAGCAGAGCUGCCAUUUGCCUGUAAAUACUGUAAAUACAAAUGUAACAGUGGCUCUAAUUUGAAAAAGCAUUGUACUCGUAAACAUUCAAAUAUUUUAAAAAAUAAA